AUGGGUAUUAUACUAGCAUGGAACAUUGCUCUGAAAACAGAUAACCUUUGGGUUAAGUGGGUGCACACUUUGUAUAUCAAGGACCAGCAGUGGAGCACCUUUAGGUCUCCUCUUUCAGCUAGUUGGGCCUUGAAAUAUAUUUGUAGGGCAAGACAGGUGAUUGUUAGUAAAACUGAUGACAGUUGGCUCAGUCAACCUGCUUAUAGCGCAGCUAAAGUCUAUAAGAGCUUACUGGACCCUGGAGUGAAAAUUAGCUGGAGUUCUAUAAUCUGGGACCACCACAAUAUUCCUAAACAUUCAUUCAUUAGUUGGCUAGCUCUGUUGAGGAGAUUGAUGACUAGAGAUAGGCUUCAAGCUAUUGGGGUAACCCUAACUGAUCAAUGUGGUAUUUGUGGGGAGGUUAGGGAGACUCAUGAUCAUUUGUUUUUUGAUUGUGUUUAUAGUAAACAGUGUUUGGUUAAGGUGAAAGAGUGGCUUGACAUUCAAGCUACAACAGGAAACUUUGCUCAGCUGCUCAGGUGGAUUCAAAGAAGGAGUAGGGCUAGCAAAUUCAGGAGAAUGGUAAUGACUGCCAGUUUAGAAGCAACUAUCUAUCAGAUAUGGCAGGAAAGGAAUGACUCAGUCUGGAAUAUGCAAAUUCAUUCUGUGAAUAGAAGUGUACAACAUAUUAAAUACACUGUAAAGGUUCGUGUAAAAAGUAGAUUGCCUAAGAAAAUUAGUGCCAUUGACUGUCAAUGGUUUGAUGGACUGUAA